UGCGUGGACUAUUCAAAGAGAGAGAUUUGUCUGCUGAGGUGUGGGAAUGCUCGAACCAGCAACCGCCGAUUCCCCAGUAGAAGGCACUUGUAAUUUCAGAUGUUGCUUUUAAUCCAAUGAUCGAGAAAUCGGAUUUUUCUAAUCCUCUUUUACUGUUGGGAACCUCGAUUUCGAAGCUGAGGCUUAGUGAUUGAGCAAAGGAUGGAUGAAAAUGGGAAAAACAACAACAACAACAAUCCAAAUCCAAAUCCAAAACCAGAAGAGGGAAGGAGAAAACCUAGAUUGAUCGUUCGUCUCGGGAUAUUCCUCAUCUCUCACAGCACCGUUGUUAGUGUUUUGUGCUGUAUUGCAGGGCUUCUCACUCUCUUCCUCUUUCCGCUUCUCGCUAAAAACACCUACAUUUCUGAAAAUGCUCUCAUGCCAGGUUCUGCCAACCCCAUGUUCUCUGCUCAGGACACAAUAGAAGCAAAUAAAUUGGUUAAGGAUAUACUUGGCUGGAAAGAUAGGCCUGUAGAGGCGGGAAUAGAAAUCCCACGAUUGAUAGCAAAGCAUCUGGAAGAUUUGGAUGCUGAAGUUUAUUACCACAAGUUCCAUUCCCAAACCAAUCUGUUUCAUCCCUUGAACUUUUUCUCUGGUAGUCCCCAUUCUAGAUCGGCACGUGAAAACAGUAGUUGUAAUUCAACUGGCAUCAAUUCUGUUGGUGUGAUAAGAGCUCCACGUGGUGAUGGCAAAGAAGCAAUUGUGUUGGUGACGCCUUACAACUCGGGAAAGAUUGAACUAAGUGACGCUUUAUCAUUAGGCCUUGCAUACUCGGUUUUGUCUCUACUUAGCAGAGUUGCUUGGCUUGCCAAGGAUAUUGUGUGGUUGGCUGCAGAUUCACGAUAUGGAGAGUAUGCCUCAGUUGCUGCAUGGCUAAAAGAUUACCACAACCCUGUUUUCUUCAGUAGUUCAGAGAAAUCAGAAGCUGACAUGUGCCUCGCAAGCAGUAUCCUGCAUGAAUGGAAAGAUAACCAGCCUAAAGGGAGAAUAUCAGAGGUUUCUAGACGUGCUGGAACUAUGGCUGCUGCACUUGUCUUUAAGGUUGUGGACAGACAGGAAGAAACUGACAAAGAUGCUCUUAGUAUAUAUGCAGAAGCAUCUAAUGGCCAGAUGCCAAACCUAGAUCUCAUCAACAUCGUGCAGUAUUUGGCAGUUCAUAGGCAAGGUCUGCGUGUAAAGGUCAAGACAGUAUUUUCUUUACUUGACUCGAUGUUGCUCAAUAUUGUCGGUGACAUAAUUGAGUGGCUAAGCAGAAUGGCUGGAAGCCUAAAUCCACAAUGGAGAUUUGGAAUCCCUGCGACAGAUUUUGUUGAAGGCACUGCUACACUUGCAAGUUCAAUGUAUUCUCAGGCACUAGGUGUACCCACAGGUUCCCAUGGUGCUUUUCGUGACUAUCAAGUAGAUGCAAUCACUUUGGAGAUUUCACCCAAGAUCUCUUUGAAUAAGGAGUUUGGGCACUCUGCACUUCUUUUGAAAGGCGGCAGGUUGAUUGAAGGAGUCAUACGAUCCAUAAAUAACCUCCUUGAGAAGUUUCAUCAGUCCUUUUUCCUCUACUUCUUGACCUCUCCAGGCAAGUUUGUGUCAGUUGGAGUCUACAUGAUUUCUUUUGUGCUGCUUAUCAUGCCCCUUCCAGUACUUGCAGCUGCUCUUUAUUCUGGAAGCCAAACACCUAGCCAUCACAAGGACAUGGGAUUUGCUGUUGGAUCAUGGAGAUGGCUUCAUGCUGCAAAAAUGGUGUUCGUAGUUCACCUGUGGGGAGCCAUGGUUUCGCUACUGCCGUAUCUCAUCUCCCAAUUGCCUGAAACAACUUCCACCACCAGCAUGUUAAUAUGGGUUACGCUUUCCGUUUUCAUCCUCCUCAUCUUUCACCGUAUUUUGGGCUCCCCUUUUUCAUAUUCUGGCAAUGCUGCUGUACCAAGCCAGUCUCAGAAUGUCGAUUGGACCUUGCUGAAAGCUGUAAUGAUUGCAGCUGCUUCUAUAGGUUUGGGUCUCAUGUCAAUCAUUAAUUUUGCAGCAGCGCAAAUUGGAGCUAUGCUCUUGGUUCCCAUGUGCCUGAUCGUACACCCUUUGAAGCGCAUGCACAGAGCUGCGAGCUUGAGAGCAGCCCUUCUUACAAGUUGUAAUCUAGCAUUAGCAGUAAUUGGGUUCCCUCCAGCCACGCUGCUUAUCUUGAAAUCCUCAUUGGAGGGGUUUGGCGGGGUCGGCAUCGGUGACUUUUGGGAAUGGGCGGAAUCUUUGUGGGCAUGGAACAGCGCAACUUACCUUUACUUGCUGCUGGUUCAUCUUCCUUGCUGGGUGUUAUGCAUGCACAUUUUACUCCUUUGUGACUCUGUUGAGAGGAGAAACUGAAAUAGAUAUGGCAGAGAUCAUCACAUUCCUCACUGAGUUGAUAAGGGUUGCUGUAGAGACGGCAUACUGAAU